AUGUUAACCCUUUUCCUCCUCCCUUCACAUAUCUCCUAUAAUACGGGUCUCUAUUUGCACCCUUUAUUCUCCCCUCCUUUCACCUUUCCUCUCCCUUCCCCUCCUUUAUUCGUUUCCCCUCCCUUCCUUUAUUCCUUUCUCCUCCCCUCCUUUCUUACUUUCCCCUCACCUCCUUUCUUCCUUUCCCUUCCUUUCCUUUCUUCCUUUUCCUUCCCCUCCUUUAUUCCUUUCCCCUUACCUCCGUUUUCCUUACCUUCCCCCCUCUUUUUCUUUUCCUCUCCUCUUCCCUCCUUUUUCCUUUCCCUUUCCCACCUUUCUUCAUUUUUCCUGCCCACUUUUAUUCCUUUCCCCUCCUCUACUUCAUUCCUUUCCCUUCCCCUCUUUUUCUUUUCCUCUCCUCUUCCCUCCUUUUUUCCUUUCCCCUCCACUCCCCUCCUUUCUUCCUUUCCCCUCCCUUCCUUUCUUCCUUUCCCUCCCCUCUUUAUUCCUUUCCCUUCCCCUCCUUUUCUUUUCCUUUCCUCUUCUCUCCUUUUUUCCUUUCCCCUCCCCUCCUUUCUUCCUUGCCCCUCCCUUCCUUUCUUCCUUUUCCCACCCCUCCUUUAUUCCUUUCCCUUCCUCUCCUUUUCCUUUUCUUUCCUUUCCCUUCCCCUCUUUUUCUUUUCCUCUCCUCUUCCCUCCUUCAUUCCUUUCCCCUCACCUCCCUUCUUCGGUUCCCCUCCCCUCCUUCCUUCUUUUCCCCUCCCCUCCUUUCUUCCUUUUCCCUCACCUCCUUUCUUCCUUUCUCUUCCUUUAUUCUUUUCCCCUCCUUUCUUCUUUCCUAUUAUUUCUACAAAAAGCUGGAGUUCCUCUCAACUAGGUUUUCCCUUUAAUUUUACGAAUUAUUCUCGCAACCACUUAUACUUAUAUCGCGGCAGUGAAUUUAUACUUGUUUCUGUGUAUCUAUCUCACCAACUAAUUCUAUCCCUCACACUCCCCCUUCCCGUGUUUGUCUAUCUUACUGAAACACCUCCCAACCAGAGAAAUCGGCGUUCUUUAGACCAAUCCAACUCACAGCAUAUCCCAGAGAAAGAAACCUCUAAUGUUGCACCUGCCACUCCUUUUCAAUUUCUUACAAAAUCUCUCUCUCUCUCCACUCACCUCUUUCUCUCUUUCUUUCUCUCUUUCUUCUCACACCUUCUCUCACAAUCUCUUUCUUCUCUCUCUCUUUCUCUUCUCUUUCUCUCUCUCUCUUUUAAAUUCCUUCCCUCCCUUUCUCUUUCUCUCUCUCUCUCCUCUUCUCUCUCCCUCCCUCCUUUCUCAUCUGACUCUCUCUCUCCUUUCUCUCCACUCUCUCUUUUCUUCUCUCUCUCUCUCUCUUUCUCUCUCUUCUCUUUCUCUCUCUUAAUCUCUCCUUUCUCCUCUGACUCUCUUUCUGAUUCUCUCUUUUCUUUUCUCUCUCUUUUCUCUCUCUCUUUCUUUCUCCUCUCUCUUUCUCUCUCUCUCUCUCUCUCUCUCUCUCUCUCGUUCCCUCUCUUCUUUGACUCUCUUUCCUUUCUCUCUCACUCUCUCUCUCUUUCUGACUCUCUCACACACUUUCUCUCUCACUCUCUCUCUCUUUCUGACUCUCUCUCACACCUUCUCUCUUUCUCUCUCUCUCUCCCUCUCUCUCUCUUUCUCUCUUUCGCUCACACAUUUUCGAAGUCCUGUGGUGACACGAGGCACUUACCAAGGACAUGCACCGGAAGAAUCCGGGACCAACACCAGAAAACAUCAAAACCAGCAGCACCAAAAGAAACAGUGGGAGCAGGAAUGUCCCGUCAGGCCCUUAGUAGCUCCAGUGAGUGGACGGAGGUAGUGAUGAGCGGAGCAAAGUUGACCACACUCAUCCCCAGCAGGACGUCCCACCCAAAAAAAAGCUGUACCGCCGUCAAACCGGCUAGACAGCAACUGAAGCAACAGCUGAAUGAUCAUCAGCAGCUACCGAAGGAGCAUCAACAGUUAUCGCCACCUAAAGAGAAGCAGCUGCAUCAGAAACAACAGCGGGAUCUGCUGGAGCGGCCGAAGUAA